ACAACCAAAGGAGGCGAAAAAAUGCAGAGAGAGAUUUUUUGAGAGGUAAACGAUGAAUACUGUGUUCUCAGUGGAAGAUUUCUCCGACUCCUUUUGGUCCGCUCCGGAUCUGGCAGUUGCGGCGGCGGAGAUCAUGAACCGGAGCCAGUCAGAGUGGGCGCUGGAAAGGUUUUUCGAAGAGAUGUCUACGUCAGCGCCGACGAACGCGAUUGCUUCAUCUUCCUUGCAAUCUCAGCCGUCAAUCUCGACUGCUGAAAGAGCUCACGAUAAUGAUGUCGUAGAGAUCGGAAAGCCUGCCGAUCAUGAUAAUCAUAAUCGUUCUUCGCCUUCCGGUCCUUCUUUGACGGCUCGUGUUGAUUCCGAGGAGUACCGCGCGUUUCUCAAGAACAAGCUCGAUCUCGCAUGCGCCGCUGUUGCUCUCCGAGCCUCUUCUGUAAAGCCUGAAGAUUUGGGUACCCAAACAGAGAAUCAGCAAAAAGAGGCAGCCAAACAACCUGUACCUAUCCAAUCAGGGUCUCAAGCUCAAGUGGUCCAGAGUGAGCCUGGUGCUUCACCUAUCAGUGCUCCCGCCUUGUCAGCUACACAGCCAAAACUUGUACAAGCAAGGCAAGCCACCAGUGGGUCAUCUAGAGAAGAUUCAGAUGAGGAUGAGAUUGAAGGAGAUAUGGGAACUACAGAAAAUACAGAUCCUGCUGAUGUCAAACGUGCAAGAAGGAUGCUGUCAAAUCGCGAGUCAGCUAGGCGCUCUAGAAGAAGAAAACAAGAACAUAUCAAUGAACUUGAAACACAGGUUGGUCAACUAAGAGUUGAACAUUCGUCCUUACUGAAACGUCUCAGUGACAUGAAUCAUAAGUAUGAUGAAGCUGCCGUUGACAACAGAAUUCUGAAAGCCGACAUCGAGACAUUGAGAGCAAAGGUGAAAAUGGCUGAAGAAACAGUGAAGAGGGUGACAGGGAUAAACCCACUUUUUCUAGCUAAAUCCAAUAUACCUAGUGCCGCGAUGCCAUUUGUCAGCAACCCAAUGGAUACAUCGUUAGUCGGUGCUGUAGCAAGGCAACCAAACCCUAAUCAAUUUCUAAACCAACCAGUUCCUAGCAUAGCUGCUGGUACCAUACCACAUCAGAGAUUAGACAACAGCUUUACUGGCAGUGCCCUUGUUGCUCCCGGAGUAAAUCCACAAAGUGAUUUUAGAGGAAACAACAUAACUGAAACAGCUCCGUUCCGGCUGGCAGCUGCAGCAGGGCCCAUGCAAAAGCAGAUUGGUCCCAGUGCCAGUGGUGUGCAAAAGCAUGUCUGUCCUGGUGUCAAUCCUGCAGAAGCAAUGGCUGGUUGGAAUUCUGGACUUCCUCAUGCAGCCACAAAGAAUAACCAGAAAUGUUGAAUGCAAUGCUCCUUCCCCCCAUCAUUGUUAGUUGAGUUGGGGAGUCAAAUACAUACUGCUGUAGAAAUGUUGGUUAAAAUUUUAUUGAGGAGUUUUCAGUUUAACUGCAUCCUUGAAUUUAUAUUUCCAAAUUUGGUUCCGUCA